CUCGACGGCAGUACACGGGUUUCCAGUGAAGCUGUUCCUUGUCCUUAGCGUCGACCAUGUUCUCCCAGCGCGUGAUCAUACCUGCCCGGACGCGCAGCCUUGCUAGCACUGCGUGCACAUCUGCUUUGACAGCCGGAUGGAAGGUUGCCGGCCGUGCUCCUCGCGCUCUAUUUCAUUCAUCCCGGCUCCUUCAAGCCACGACGGUCAAAGUUCCUCAGAUGGCGGAGUCCCUGACAGAGGGAACAUUGAAGACUUGGCUCAAGCAGCCUGGCGAGGCCGUGGCCGCAGAUGAAGAAAUCGCGACUAUCGAGACGGACAAGAUUGACGUACCCGUCAAUGCUCCAGCAGCCGGGAAGCUGGUUGAGCACCUAGCUAAUGAGGAAGACACCGUCACUGUGGGGCAGGACCUCUUCGUGAUAGAAGAGGGCGCUGAGGGCGAAGCGGCUCCCGCCAAAGACAAUCAACCCGAGUCCAGCGCUGAAUCUGAGAAGCCUGCGUCCGAUGCUGCACCCCCGCCUCAAGAUCAAGCGGCUCAGAAGCCUGCGCCGUCGCCUUCGUCCCCAAGCGAUGCCGCGUCCAAGUCCGCUUCGCCACCAUCCAAGGAAGAGCGCUCUGCAGCACCCGUCAAGAAGGCUCAACCCGCAUCUGAGUCUAAGGGCCCUGCACCAACGACCUCGUCCCGUGGCGAGACACGAGUUAAGAUGUCUCGUAUGCGACUUCGGAUAGCGGAACGUUUGAAGGAAUCUCAGAAUGCUGCCGCCUCGCUCACCACAUUCAACGAAAUCGACAUGUCAUCUCUCAUGGAGAUGCGUUCCAAAUACAAAGACGCUGUUCUGAAGGAACAUGACGUGAAACUUGGGUUUAUGAGCGCGUUCGCCAAGGCCAGCACCCUUGCGCUGAAGGAAAUCCCCGCUGCCAAUGCAUCUAUCGAAGGCGAUGAGAUCGUGUAUCGCGACUACGUCGAUCUGAGCGUUGCGGUGGCGACUCCCAAGGGACUUGUGACGCCCGUGGUGCGCAACGCAGAGAGCCUUGGCUUUGUCGACAUUGAGAAGGAGAUUGCGGCCCUCGGCAAGAAGGCGCGUGACGGGAAGCUCACAUUGGAAGACAUGUCGGGAGGCACAUUCACCAUUUCCAAUGGUGGUGUCUUUGGAUCGCUCUUCGGCACGCCGAUCAUCAACCUGCCACAAGCAGCAGUACUCGGUAUGCAUGCUAUCAAGGAUAAGCCUGUGGUCGUCAAUGGGCAGAUCGUGGUUCGCCCGAUCAUGGUCAUUGCUUUGACGUACGAUCAUCGUCUGCUGGACGGUCGCGAAGCUGUUACCUUCCUCGUGCGCGUGAAGGAGUACAUCGAGGAUCCUCGGAAGAUGCUCCUGGCAUGAUCGUAUCAUUUCCGUAUCCUAGUAUAUAUGUUCGAACUACGUCUUCAGCCCAACGAUGGAUCGCGCCUCUUGCGACGACAGUUUCCAUGUGAUCCCUGAGCCGUUGUAGAACUCAUCUACGUCUUCCUCCGCAUCCAGGUUGAGCAACGUACUCAUCUGUUGCAACCGCACAAACUUCUCGCGUACGUCGCCAAAUGCGGUCUGAGAAGCUAUGUAGUGGAUGAUUGCUCGGAGGUCCCUGUCAA